AUGUCACAAGUAGAAGCUGACCACCAACAACAGAUAGUAAAGCCGAGCAGCGCUACUACUGUUCAUAAACAUUUUCAUUUUAUUAAUGCUCCGUUAAUUAGGAAAAAAGGGAGUAGUUCGUCGGUUUUCUUGCCAAAAAUUUUUAGGUCUAGUAAUGAUAGUAGUGGGGAGAAAACGCAAGAAAAAAAGCAAAAACGCGACAAUCUUUUCCGGUCAAAAAGCAAACCAAAUAAAUUGAAUAAAACAAAGGAUGAACCAAUGCAAAUUUUGCAAAUUCCCUCUUGUGAUUAUAUGUUAGAUUUAACUAAUUUAGAUGACGGACCAGAAUUCCAGAAAAAGAUCCUAUACCUAGUUAAUACUUUACUUGGUUGGGAUGAUAUUGUUCAUGAAUCACAAAUUCACCUCGAAUCCAUUAGCGGAGCUCUUACAAAUCGCGUCUUUUUCCUGACAGCAUUUCCUAAACACAGUCAUUUCUCUGUUACACAAAAGAAACCGCGUAAAGUUGUUUUGCGCGUGUACGGAAUCGCAGUAGAUCAACUAGUAGAUCGAAAACAAGAACUGGAAUUUCUGCAAAAGUUAUCGACUUUGAAAAUAGGACCGUUGCUUCUGGGCAUAUUCGGAAACGGCCGAUUUGAACAAUAUUUAGAUUCGGAAACCUUGACACGGGAGGACAUACGAGAUUUAAAAACUUCAAGUCACAUUGCUCAACGAAUGGCCAUUCUUCAUAAUAUUGUUAAACUCUUUCCACCUCCAAAAGAUACAGUGCCUCAAGUGUGGGUGAACAUCGACAAAUGGUACCCUUUAGCUGUCAAGGUCAUCUCAGGACCUGAAUUUAGAAACGAUCCAGCACGAUCAAAAAGACUAGAUUCCUUUGAUAUGGAAAGAUUAUAUUUUGAAAUCCAAACUUUGAAGCAGAAACUUGAUUCCUUAAAUUCGCCUCUAGUAUUUGCACAUAAUGAUACCCAAUAUGGGAAUAUAUUAAGGCUAAAUGAUGGAUCUAAUGAACUUGUGGUGGUAGAUUUCGAAUAUGCAGGUUAUAACUUUCGCGGAUUUGAUAUCGCAAAUCAUUUUUGCGAAUGGUCAUUCGAUUACCAUUCUCCUGAGCCACAUAUUCUACAUUCUGACUGGUACCCCAGCAGAAAAGAACAAUUAAAUUUUUUGAGUUCGUAUAUGGGUGCAUCUCACGAUGGUGGUGUUGAUGAACAUAAUCUUGAGUUACUACGUCAAGAAUGCGAAGCUUUUGCAUUAGCUAGUCAUGUAAUGUGGGGACUUUGGGGAUUGGUGCAAGCUGCUCACAGCCAGAUAAAAUUUAGCUAUUUUGAAUAUGGCAUGCUUCGUUUGGAGCAGUUCAGACGGGAUAUGAAUAUGAAUCAAUAA